AUGAUUUCCAAAGUAGUUUUUCAAUCUGCUGUCUUGGCAGCGUCCAUCUCGUUUAUCACUGCCGCAUCUGCAUCCCCACAGGCGAAAAUCAGUAAUGCCAAACCAGAGGCUAUCGUUAUACCCUCCGCUGUUCGCGGACCAGUUCCAGUCGUACAAACAGUAUCUGCGGAAAUCAACAAUGUCGCCGUCAAUUCUAAUACUUCAGCUAUAACCUCUAACGUGACCACUCCAGCUGCCGUCGUCGCUGCAACAACAGUGAAGAGUACUGUUUUGAUACUCGCUCGAGAUACUGCAUCUUCAUACUCUGGAUAUUCUGGUCUUAAUGGCUACGCCAUUCCAUAUCAAGUUGUUGUCGUCCCUCAGGCUGGCGUCACUCUCCCCAAUCUGAACAGCAGUGCGACUUCUGGCAAUUAUGGAGCCAUCGUUAUCUUGUCAGAAGUCAGUUACGACUAUGGAGGCACACUGGGCUUCCAGAGUGCUCUGACUUCAGCGCAACUAGCUACUCUCUACCAGUAUCAAAACACGUUCGGUGUACGGAUGGUUCGCUUGGAUGUUUUCCCAUCUGCAGAUUCUGGGACAACAGCUCUUGGUGACUGUUGUGGCGAUGGGGUGGAGCAGCUUUUGAGCAUAUCUGAUACAACUAAAUUUCCUACUUCUGGUUUGAAGACUGGAGCAGGAGUGAGCACCCAAGGGCUCUAUCAUUACCCGGCAACUAUUACCAACUCCAGUAUUGCUACUGAGUUUAUUCAGUUUGCUCCGGCUGCUGGUUUUAGCACAACAUCUACAGCUGGGGUCAUCAACAAUAUUGGUGGCCGACAACAAAUGGUGUUCUUUAUCGGUUUUGCAACAGACUGGUCCGCUACGUCCAACCUGCUCCAACACGCAUGGAUUCAUUGGGCUACGCGAGGCUUAUACACCGGGUUCCGUCGUGUUAACCUCAAUACACAAGUUGAUGAUAUGUUCCUGGAAUCGGAUAUAUACAGCCCCAACGGUACCACAUUUCAAAUCACGCCUGCUGAUUUAGCCCAGCAUGUCACCUGGAUGGCUACUGUCAACGCUAAGCUGAAUGCUGGGAGUAAUUACUUUGUCGAGGUUGGUCAUAAUGGUAAUGGCAACAUUGAGGUAAUUGACUUUGAUUGGAUUGGUUAUUCGAAAAAUACUCACGUGACUCUAGGAUUCCAUUGUUGGCACUUAGAAUGCGGAAGUGGCCCAAUCGAAUACGGGGAUCAGAUAGACACGCCCCUCGAGUUUCAAAAGCCACUUGGCACAGGGACAAAUCUAUGGCCAGCAAAUGCACUUUUGUAUCCAUAUACCACUGUCUGCACUAACCUUGACGCGCUUAAGAUAUGGUGGGCAACCCCCGCAAACCGCGAUGUCUUUGCGCACGUUUCCCACACUUUCACCCACGAAGAUGAAAACAAUGCUACAUACUACGAUGUCACUCGGGAAAUUUCUUGGAAUGCCGCUUGGCUCUCACAAGUCGGCAUUGCAUCAGCUUCUAAGUUCAGCCCCAAAGGUAUAAUCCCUCCAGCCAUUACUGGUUUACAUAACGGCGAUGCUCUUAGAGCAUGGAAGGAUAAUGGGAUUGUUAAUGUUGUGGGAGACAAUACUCGCCCUGCUUUAUUAAACACUCAAAAUGAGCAUUGGCCACUAAUCACAACUGUUACUGCAAAUGGAUAUGACGGAAUACAGAUCACUCCACGUUGGGCUACCAACAUUUACUAUAAUUGUAAUCUUCCUGAUUGUACCGUUCUCGAAUGGAUCAACACAUCUGCAGGCAAGGGAGAUUGGUACGCCUUGUUGGCAGUUGAAAAGAACACAAAUACGCGCCAUCUCCUCGGGCUCCACCAUGACCCUUUCAUGUUCCACCAAGCCAACCUGAAUUACCAGACAGCUAGCGAGACCGUUAUUAACGGAGUCAGCACAAAGUAUUCCAUGCUACAAGCAUGGGUUGAAACCGUGGUACAGGAGAUGAUUAGAGUUGUCAACUGGCCUAUCAUCUCAUUGAAGCACGACGACGUGAGUAACCUCCGCUUGCCAUUGCAUGGACAUAUACUGACACCACGUCCGCAGAUUGCAACGGCGUUCGCCAGCCGCAUGGCGCGGGAUGCCUGCGGUGCCAGCCUCGCGUUCAACGUGGACCCAACCGCCCAAACCAUCACAGGUGUAACACUUACAACGACCGGUAACACGUGUUCGACGACGAUCCCCGUGACCGUCCCAGGAGCCGUGACGAGCACCCAAGGGUUCAGGACCGAGCAGAUUGGCUCCGAUCCUCUUACCAUCUGGGUACAGAUGUCGGGUCUUCCAGUCACGUUCACCCUAUCUACACCGAUUUCUCUUUAA